CAACUUGCCAGCAGGCCGUUCAGGGUUGCUGCCAAACUCGAGAGUCCAUAUCCCAGCCAGACCUGGCGAACAGAACCUCCUAUCCUACAAACAUGGCAACAGCUCCAAGAGGUCGGCUUCAGGGCAAGAAUGCCAUCGUGACUGGUGCCGCAGGUGGAAUCGGCCUUGAAACCUCGAUUCUCUUCGCCAGGGAAGGCGCCUCCGUGCUCAUGGCAGACAUCUCCGAGCCCGCCCUUGCCAAAGCCCUAGCGAAGCUCAAAGAAGUAGUGCCUACCGCUGGUCGUGUCGAAACGAUCAAAUGCGAUGUCUCCAAAGAAGCCGAUGUCCAGGCCAUGGUCGAGUCGCAAGAUAGCUGGGGCGGCACCGACGUCAUCUUCAACAACGCUGGAAUUAUGCACGCCGACGAUGCCGAUGCUAUCGAUACGCCGGAGAAGAUCUGGGAUUUGACGCACAAUAUCAAUGUCAAGGGUGUGUGGUUUGGCUCGAAGCAUGCGGUGUUGAGUCUACGACGGCACAAGAAGAACAAGGGAAGCAUCAUCAACACUGCCAGUGUGGUGGCUCUGGUUGGCAGUGCUACGCCCCAGCUGGCAUAUACGGCGAGCAAGGGCGCCGUAUUGGCUAUGACCCGGGAACUGGCAAUUGUGCAUGCGCGCGAGGGAUUCAGAUUCAACUCUCUGUGUCCAGCUCCGUUGAACACGCCGCUGCUCCAAGACUGGCUUGGUGAUGACAAACCUAAGCGCCAUCGUCGUGAGGUGCACUUCCCUACUGGUAGAUUUGGCGAGGCCAUCGAGCAGGCCAAUGCAGUGGUGUUCUUGGCUAGUGAUGAGUCUAGCUUCGUAAAUGGCACUGACUUUGUUGUUGAUGGAGGAAUGACCAAGGCAUAUGUCACCCCCGAAGGACCGGCUACAACUCCUCCUCAAAACCUCGGUAAAUAAAUGAUAUCCAUAGAUGACAAUGCACUAUUUAGGCAGGGACCUAGGUGUUUGUCUGCUCGUAUUCAAUUUGGUACUAGGAUAGUAAGAACCGAUUAUGAAAUUGCAUCAUCUAUAUUUUUUCAUUCCUUCCAACAUAUAGUAUAGCGUAUGAUUUCAUCAUUAUAGAUCUUGCGGAAUAUCGUUGACUAGGUGGACAUUACACUAGCAGAACAUGAUGCUUCAUUGAUUCCCUUAGUCAAAGUGAGAGACCGAAAAAUGUGCUACCUUGGUCUGUUCUUAGGUAUUAUU